GGUCUUUGCUUGGUGGAUCCAAAUCCCCGGACGCUGACAAACGUUCCAGCCAAUGAGAACGUUCCUACAGUCCAUUUGCGCCGAUAAGGGGCGGGGCUCCCUCCUGCCUUUCGGCUGGGCCCAGAGUGGGCGUGGCUCACGCGCCUGCCUGUUUACUGCCUGGUGCGUCCACCCGGCUCUGUGUUGCUCAGGCAACCGUGGCUGGGUCGCUGCAGGCUCUGUUGGAAACGUUCGGUGCACUGAGGACCCUGUACCUGUCGGGAGAUCGUUCGCAGUGACUCAGUUCCCCAGGAAUACAUCGGAACAGUAGGGAGAGCAAGGUUCUGUGGUCUUUUCACCUGAAUUCCUUGGUGGGCGCUCGGGUGCCUGACGGGCUGCGUCGCAUGGCGACCCCCUCUCGGGCCUCAGCGUGCAUCCCGCGGCCGGAUUCGGGUGGGGAAGGGGCUUCGCAUAUCCUCAGAAAACCACCGGGCGAACCAUGAGCCCGCGAAUUGCAGGCUCCGCUUCCCCCGUGGGCUGUUCAGUUUGCAUCAGUGCCUUUAUUUGCUGCCAUUUAUAAUUACCUUAACGGGGCGGGGGUCUUUGAAGGAGAUCCGCGCAGCGGGGUCUUGCGAGGCUGCGGCCAGGGAACAGCCCGAGCCGAGAGAACAGGCCCUCUGUGUUCUUUGCAGAGCCAUGGGCAGCAAGAAGAAGGAGAUUCCCCUGCAGGUAUUUACUUACCAAGGACAAAUGGAAACACAAACACACAAAGAUUUAACAAGAAUGUUCAUAAGUCUUGAUUCAGCAUACUCCCAAACUGGAAGUAACCCAAACGUCUAUCAAGCAAAUUAUGAUAUAGUCCUACCGUGGAAUAUACUCAAGAAUAAAAAUGAACAAAUUACUGACACAUGAAAACACAGAUGAAGCCCAAACAUGUGCUGAGUGAAAGAAGCCAGCACAAAGUAACACGUGCUGUAUUAUUCCCUUUAUAUGACGUUUUAGAAGACAGGACAAAUCUGUUGUGAUGGAAAGCAGAUGAGUGUUUCCUGGGGUCAGCAUCAGCACCCAAGAACUGUGGGAGGAGAUGCUCAGUGCUAAAGGACUCACUGUUGUCGAUGUCUAUCAGGGCUGGUGUGGCCCCUGUAAGCCCGUGGUGAGCCUUUUCCAGAAGAUGAGGAUGGAGGCUGGCCUGGACCUUCUGCAUUUUGCAUUGGCAGAAGCAGAUUGUCUGGAUGUUCUGGAAAAAUACCGAGGAAGGUGUGAGCCAACCUUUCUGUUUUAUGCGGGAGGAGAACUAGUGGCAUUGGUUAGAGGAGCAAACGCCCCGUUGCUGCAGGAAACCAUCCUAGACCAGCUGGAGGCAGAAAAGAAGGUGUUGGCUGAAGGCCGAGAACGGAAAGUGGUAAGGAGGUCACUUCUUCAGGCCCCAAACCCUCAGGCCAGCUCUGGGCAAGGCCGGCAGUUCCCUUCCAUCCCUCCGCUAGUUCUCCUGGAGUGCUCGGGGGAAAGCUUCAUUGAAUGCCUACCCCGGGGUCCUCCAGGGCUCAGGGGACAGCCCAAAGCCCAGUGACAUGCAUGCAUUUUGAAACCUUCUUCUAAAAAAGUCCUCUCUUCAUCCAGAACUUCUAACUUCUUUUAUCCAUUUCUCUUUCAUCCCCCACUUCAACUCUUAACAGGGGUUUCUGGAAUCCUGACAAUGAAUUCAGAAAUGAAUAUGGAAUUGAGGAGUCAGCCUUGUGGUGUCCUGGUGACCCACCCUCACCUCCCAUUCCUGAAAGUUUUCCUUGGGAUCCAAGAGAAUUCAUUAAUUUAGAAAUUAAUCUCUGUCAUUAGUGUGAGAAAUGGGAUCAGCAUAAUUUGUGAUUUCCAUACAAUAAUUCCAUGAUAACACUUUUUCUUGAGUAACUGGCUGCCAUUGAAAAUUGACACACCUUGGGUAAAGAGAGGUUAUUUCUUGGCACUUUGAGCAUCUGCCAGAUGAGUGUAAACAUUGUUCAAUUCUAGUUUUCAUAUCAAUCCCAAAUGGCAAAGCCCUGAUUUUAUAGAAUGGGUUAGAAUCAAAUCAUGUUUUUCCCCCCAAAAACUGGCAAUUUUCCCCCAAGCAAGAAAAUCAUAAAUCCUUGUGCCCCCUGCAGGGGAAAAUGAAGUCUACUACUUCCCUGCAUUAUGUAGCCAAUCAUAAUAUUUACUUGCAUUUCAGUUCUUCUUUUGUUUUCUUGCCAACUAUUUCAUCUUUGUUUUUCCUUAGUUUCUACUUGAUGCUUGUGAAAACAGGCAGAA